UACCUCACCUCGCUCAUCAACUCAUCCCUGACCGCUGGCUACGUCCCUUCCGUCUUCAAGAGAGCGAGAGUUGCACCCCUUCUGAAAAAACCUACACUCGAUCCCUCCGAUGUCAACAACUACAGACCAGUAUCCCUUCUUUCUUUUCUCUCCAAAACUCUUGAACGUGCCGUCCUUGGCCAGCUCUCCUGCUAUCUCUCUCAGAAUGACCUUCUUGAUCCAAAUCAGUCAGGUUUCAAGACUAGUCACUCAACUGAGACUGCUCUUCUCUGUAUCACGGAGGCGCUCCGCACUGCUAAAGCUAACUCUCUUUCCUCUGCUCUCAUCCUUCUAGACCUAUCGGCUGCCUUCGAUACUGUGAACCAUCAGAUCCUCCUCUCCACCCUCUCCGAGUUGGGCAUCUCCGGCGCGGCCCACGCUUGGAUUGCGUCCUACCUGACAGGUCGCUCCUACCAGGUGGCGAAUCGCAUCUCUGCAUGUCUGGCAGACAUAUCAGUGUGGAUGACGGAUCACCACCUCAAGCUGAACCUCGGCAAGACGGAGCUGCUCUUCCUCCCGGGGAAGGACUGCCCGUUCCAUGAUCUCGCCAUCACGGUUGACAACUCCAUUGUGUCCUCCUCCCAGAGCGCUAAGAACCUUGGCGUGAUCCUGGACAACACCCUGUCGUUCUCAACUAACAUCAAGGCGGUGGCCCGUUCCUGUAGGUUCAUGCUCUACAACAUCCGCAGAGUACGACCCUGCCUCACACAGGAAGCGGCGCAGGUCCUAAUCCAGGCACUUGUCAUCUCCCGUCUGGAUUACUGCAACUCGCUGUUGGCUGGGCUCCCUGCCUGUGCCAUCAAACCCCUACAACUCAUCCAGAACGCCGCAGCCCGUCUGGUGUUCAACCUUCCCAAGUUCUCUCACGUCACCCCGCUCCUCCGCUCUCUCCACUGGCUUCCAGUUGAAGCUCGCAUCCGCUACAAGACCAUGGUGCUUGCCUACGGAGCUGUGAGGGGAACGGCACCUCAGUACCUUCAGGCUCUGAUCAGGCCCUACACCCAAACAAGGGCACUGCGUUCAUCCACCUCUGGCCUGCUCGCCUCCCUACCACUGAGGAAGUACAGUUCCCGCUCAGCCCAGUCAAAACUGUUCGCUGCUCUGGCACCCCAAUGGUGGAACAAACUCCCUCACGACGCCAGGACAGCGGAGUCAAUCACCACCUUCCGGAGACACCUGAAACCCCACCUCUUCAAGGAAUACCUAGGAUAGGAUAAAGCAAUCCUUCUGCCCCCCCCCCCCUUAAAAGAUUUAGAUGCACUAUUGUAAAGUGGCUGUUCCACUGGAUGUCAUUAGGUGAAUGCACCAAUUUGUAAGUCGCUCUGGAUAAGAGCGUCUGCUAAAUGACUUAAAUGUAAUGUAAAU